UCUGCCAAAUUUAUUUGUGCAAAUUGCAGUACAUCUGGUUUUAGAACCGUAGUUUGUGAUAAAAAUGAUUUUAUCGCAGUUAUAUUUACAGUAAUUAAGUUUAUUGCCAAUGAUUCUUUGUUCACGUUAGAUGUCAUUAACCUAACAUGAGCAUUUACUCUCGUUCAACCGGUGAACCGAAUAUUAUUUGCGAUUUGUGAUCGUGCUUUAAAAACCCUCGACCUCAUUUGAAGUGGCUGAUUCUAUAUGUGUAUAUUUAUCGACAUCAUUUUAAAAUAAAUGCAGCUUAUCUUGAUAUUGCUCAGUAGACUUCGAGCUGAAUAAGAAAGCACGUCGGACAGAAGUACAAGAUUCCGAUUUUUAUUUCAAUUGCAGUGUAUUUUUUAAAAACAAUUCUAUUAAAAAAAUGCUACGUAAAUUACCGAUAAAGUAAAAAUAGCAAGUGCAUGUGUCUAUUCUCAAACGAUAUAAAUUGAUUGGUGUUUUUCUUGAAUGUUUCGACCACGUGAAAUAUUUAAUUCAAAUAAAUAGGAGAAUUAUUCAACGAUUCAUUGUUUCAUACGGAGACAAGAAACAAAGAAAGUGUAAAGAUGAUUUUGCGAAAGAAGUUGAACGCCAAUUUAUUGGUGUGUUACAAUUUCGCGCUAUUGUUCGCAGUUUGUUCGGCGCAGAAUAAUGGAGCACACAGAAUAAAAGGAAACAGACCUAAUAUUAUUAUCAUAAUGGCUGAUGAUAUGGGCUUCAAUGACGCAUCAAUUCAUGGCUCAAAUCAAAUUCCCACACCGAAUAUCGAUGCGCUCGGUAUCAUGGGCAUUCAAUUGAAUCAAAUGUACGUGGCUCCAAUGUGCACACCAUCGCGAUCUUCGCUGCUCACGGGCAAAUAUGAAUCGAAUUUAGGAAUGCAACACUUUGUCAUACCAUCCGAUGCACCCUACGGUCUUAGCCCUGAAGAUAAAACCAUUGCGCAAUACAUGAAAAUCGGCGGCUAUCGAACAUAUCUGGUUGGUAAAUGGCAUUUAGGUUUCUUUGAAAAGCGAUACACACCGUUGUACCGAGGCUUCGAUUCACACUUUGGUUAUCUGGGACCUUACAUUGAUUACUACAAUCACAGCUUGAAAAUGGCGCCAAAGCCUGAUUAUCAACUAGCUAGUGGUUAUGAUAUGCGCAAAAACUUAACCGUUCACUGGGAUACAAUUAAGCAAUAUGCCACCGACCUAUUCACCGAUCAGGCGAUUGAGACGAUAAAAAAUCAUGACAGAAGUGCACCAAUGUUUAUGAUGUUAACACAUUUAGCACCUCACACUGCAAACGAAGAUGAUCCAAUGCAAGCACCAGAGGAUGAAAUCAAUAAAUUCAGCUAUAUUCAAAACAGAAAGCGUAGAGUGUACGCUGCAAUGGUAUCAAAAUUGGACCAGAGCGUAGGCAAGGUUGUGAAAGCACUUGAUGAUAAUAAAAUGCUCGAUAAUAGCAUCAUUUUGUUUAUGUCGGACAAUGGAUCUCCCAUUCAGGGAGAACACUCGAAUUCAGGAUCCAAUUUCCCAUUCAAAGGUCAAAAAGAUACUCCAUGGGAGGGUGCAAUUCGAUCUGCGGCUGCCAUAUGGAGUCCCCGAUUGAAGCGAAGACAACGUGUUUCAAAUCAAAUGAUUCACAUAUCGGAUUGGCUACCAACGUUCGCAAAGAUAGCCGGAGUUGAUAUUGACGGGCCCAUUGAUGGAAAAAAUGUAUGGAACGCCCUGUCAUACAAUUUACCAAGUCCACGUCGUGAAAUUCUUGCCCAUCAUGAUACGGAAGUUCCAUACAUGGCAUAUAUUAGUGAUAAUUUCAAACUGGUAACCGGUUCAACAUAUGAAGGACUCUAUGAUCGUUGGCUCAGCGAACCAAUUAGACGAUCCGAAGAGAAUUCAACUUUCGAAGAAAGUUAUAGUGAAUCGAUUUUAGCAUCGGAUGUAGGACAAGUACUGUUGAAAUACUCGACCACAAAGCAGAAUCAAUUCCGAAAUUGGGUAGGAACAAACUUUGGAACGAUUAGUGACGAUGAAAUCGUUGAAAUUCGACAGAAGGCUAAAGUAACAUGCAACGGAUACACACCGCCCAAUAACAACUCCGUUUGGGCCUGUAAUCCAAUUGAAUCGCCGUGCUUGUUCGAUAUUUUUAGCGAUCCGUGUGAAACUACAAAUUUAGCAUCGAAAUUCCCAGAUUUGGUCAAGAAGUUCCAAUCAAAGCUGGAUUAUUAUGGACAAAUUGCAAGGCCAACGCGCAACAAACCGGGUGACCCUCGCAGCGAUCCAGCCAAUUUCGGCGGCAUUUGGACGUGGUGGUAUGACGAAAUGAAUAUCACCACAUCCAGUUCAGCAUCGGACAUUGGGGAAAAUUCUGUACACACAAUCAUUUACAUUUAUAUAUGUUUUUCACUUUCUUUUGUGUUCAUCCGAGGCGAGGCAUUUUGCAUCAACACACAAAUAUUUGUUCGAUAUGAAGUACAAUGAGUUGAAGAAGAGGGUAAUUUGACCACUCGAAGCUUUCUUCAGAAGCUCUGCUGCGCAAAUAUAUAUAUGAAACGUAAAAUAAGACAAAAAAAUCCCAUCUGGAAACUGAUUAGUGAGAUAGAUAUCAUCCAGUCUCCAAGUACUGCCUUUUUAGGACACAUUUACCAUUUUCGGUCUCAUUUAUCAGACUAUGUACCAUUAUUAUUUGUAUUUAUCCGUAAACAAAAACAUUCAUUAAUAAAUAGAACUGCGAGCACAUGUUGGAACCUUCA